AACCCUAAAAACGAUUCAUUAUACUUUUAUUUUUCUUUCGAGGGCACCAAUAGCCCCAGUUUUAGAUACUUUACUGAUGCUAACAGAGAAUGCGCAUGGGCGAGUGUGGCGGGAGCAGAAUCUGACCACUACCAUCAGUGAUGGGGAAAACCCUAGGCUUCGAAUAAAUCUGAAGUUUGCUGUGACAUUUCCUUCUUUGGAAAAUGUUCAAAAGAGAAAACGAGACAAACGCAUCGGGAAACUUCAAAUUUAUUUUUUUCGAAGCCUAGAGUUUUGCCCAUCACUGACUACCAUUAUAUUGUAUAUGUAUAGGGUCGAGCGCCAUUUGCAGGGACAAAGAUCUACGUUCGCGCCAAAAAGAAAGAGCUAACUAUGCUAGUGAUUUUCUCCUCGCACGGCAAGAAUCUGUGUGUCGACAGUUGCAUCUCAAAACAUAUUCUAAUUUCUCGGGAGUUUAUAAUUAAUAAAUGUAAGAUUUCAGAUGUUUCGAUAUACAUUCAAACAGAAUUCAAAGACAAGAGUAUAAAAAAAGAAAAGAAUAGAGAAAAAAAAGAAAGGAAACGUUGAAACCUGCUAAUGCACAAGUUUCUAAAAAAGAACAGUGAAUAUCAGAUACAUACGCGUCGAAAUAUUCGAAUGAUACCUUGCCGUGAAAAUCACAGAAUCGUCGAAAAGUUUGGCACGUUUGAAAUAAUAUAAAAUGAAAGCGGAAGAAUACUCGUAUAUUCAAACUUUCACACGUCUCAUUUUCGUUUAAAGAUUCACACGGUCGUGACGUCGAUCGAUUCGCAGAGUGUUUGAUUGUAGGAUUGUAGGAUUGCAGAGAGAUUAGAUGAAAAGAGAGAACCAAUUACGGUAUAUUCUCCAAGAGAAAGUACAAAACGAGUUCUCACUGUAAUUAUAUGUAUAUACAAGCAUGUAAACAACAUGUUUUCGAUCGAAUAGGAACCGAUUAAAAAGAAGAAGAUAAAAGAAAAGUAGCAAGAAAGUUUUGACGUUCGAGCGGAAGUUGUACACAUAUGUUUCCGACGUAGCUCCUGCAGAAUGGAGCAUGCGCAAUUUGUACGGCCUGAAUAUGUCGGCUGGGUAAAGUACGUUAACUGUUAUCAUGACUAGAACGAUUUCCUUUGGUUAAGUUCAGUGGCGUUCGCAGAUCAAGAAAAUCGUUGCGGCCCGAACGUCGAAAGGUACGAGCACGUACGGUGUAAUUGAUUCAGCAAGUUCGACUCGCCAUAUUGUACAUCUAAAGAUUAAGUAGUAGAAGAGGCCUUAUGUCAAGUCGGUUCGGUAUUGGGAGGGCCGACGACGUGUGCCAAUAUGAAGAAACUAUUUUCGAAAAUCGAAAACACGUCGAAGGAACCGAACAGUUAUUUGGGAAAGGUGUUCGUGGUGGGACGUUACACCGUGACCGUCGAGGAGGUUUUGGCCGAAGGAGGGUUUGCUAUUGUAUUCCUGGUUAAAUCUUUGAGUGGACGCUAUGCUCUCAAACGCAUGUACGUUAAUAAUGAACACGACCUCAACGUUUGCAAGAGGGAGAUACAAAUUGCUAGUAACUUGAACGGUAAUAAAAAUAUCAUAGGAUAUGUGGAUAGCAGUAUCACUCAUAUAGGCGGAGGAGUACACGAAUUGUUGCUUUUGAUGCCUUAUUGCAAGUCUCAAGUUCUUCAGAUGAUGAACAAUAGAUUACAGACUGGUUUUACAGAAUCGGAAGUCCUACAGAUAUUUUGCGAUGUUUGCGAAGCUGUGUCACGAUUGCAUCAUUGCCAGACACCUAUAAUGCACAGAGAUUUAAAGGUUGAAAAUAUAUUAUAUUCCGAUGCUGGUCAUUAUGUUCUAUGCGACUUCGGUUCGGCGACCGCGAAAGUUCUUAAUCCCAGUGUGCAGGGUGCUGCUAUAGUGGAAGAAGAAAUUAAAAAGUAUACGACCCUGAGUUACAGAGCACCUGAAAUGGUUGAUAUGUAUUGUGGGAAACCUAUUACGACGAAAGCCGAUAUAUGGGCAUUGGGAUGUUUACUGUACAAACUUUGUUUUUUCACAUUACCAUUCGGAGAAAGCACGCUCGCUAUCCAGUCAGGGAAUUUCACUAUACCGGAUAAUUCAAGAUAUAGUAGAAGCCUUCAUUGUCUGAUUCGUUAUAUGCUUGAGCCGGAUCCCGAUAGCCGCCCCGACAUUUACCAAGUUUCUGUGAUUGCUUUCCAAAUUCAAGGCAAGGAAUGCCCUGUACAAAACUUACACAAAGUUCCAACACCCGUUUUGGAAUCAUUACCCAAUCCACCAAUGGAAUCUGAAAUUGUAAAAAGAUCGUCGUUGGUGAAAACACCAAAACCAUCUCCAGUAAGUACCGUGGAGGGUACUACAGUUACUCCAAGGCAGCGACCAAAAGGGCAGGCUGUGAGCACAGGACCUAUAAGUUUAAGCGGUCAAAUCGUGAGUCAAAUAUCUGGUCAAGGAAAUCAGGCGCAAUCACAAAAUUCUGGAAUGCCAACUUCCUACGUUCAGAUCGGUCAGACUUACCUAGGACAGAAUGCGCAACAGACCGUUCAAUCGUUACCAGUGAAUCCGCAAAUCUCGAUGCAAUCACCUUUUACUCAAGCUUCCUCGCAAGCCUGCACUCCUGGUCAAAACGUUCCUUUCCCACAGACGCAAAGUCAGCCAUCGCAAAGUCCUAUGAUCAGACAAUCGCCCGUAACUGUUCAGGAGAAAAGUACAUAUUACUUCAACUCAAAGUCUACAACGAACGAAGAAAAUUUAGAGGCGUUAUUCCCGCCGUCAGGAUAUCCAGAUCCCUUCAAGGACGACACUCGAACCAUGCCACCACCCACGAAAAUACCACCUCCCGUAGCUCCCAAACCAUCUAAGACUCUUCCUAAAGCGUCUAACGUUCCCGCUACUAGUGGUCCACCUUCAAAGUUUGCACCUGUUACCCCGAUAUCAUCUAAACUGAGCAUUUCAACCGGGCCUAACAAGGUAACUCCUAUAACACCACCGACUCUGCCGAAGCCAGUGAAUAAGACGGAGAGCUUGAGUCAAAAUAUAAGUUCGAGCGCCUCUCCACCUGACAGCCCUACUCUGUCUUCUGCGCGUCACAGAAGAAACGUUAGCGAUACGAGUGCUUUCAAUAAAGCAUUCGCUAAUGAGACCACGCAAUUUCUGGCGCCCUACGAAGCCUCGGUGAAAUCACGUUCGGAAGACGGUGCAUCUCCCGAGGUUUUAACCGAUAUAAGGCCUUGUUUAGGAACUAGCGCCUCGCAUGGAGAACUUUCAAGCGUGAUAGCUAUGGAAGGAAGAUCUUUAAGUGCAGACGUAGCAGCCUGGAACCCGUUCGAGGAUGUGCAACCGUUUAAUCAGUUAACGGAAGAUCACAUUUUUGGGGCGGAGUUUGAUAAAAUUAGAAGAGGAAGUAAUACUAGUAUUAGCGGCGUAAAGAGCCGCGAGAGUCUUGUUAUGACGUGUACAGACUUACCAGAAGAUCCAUUCGAAUCCGCUCCCUUUAGUUUGCCAAGAGGAAAGAAGAACAAGAUUGGGUCAAAGACUGCGGCACUUGCUGGAGGUAAAUCCGUAAACGGUAGACCAAGGAUACCUCUGAAGCAAUGGAAGCCAGGGAUCGAAUCGAACGAGAAAGCGAUCCACCUAACAGAAAUCGGUCCCGUUUCACCGACUUUUGUUCGCGUGCCCCUGGAAAAUCGUUCCAAGUACGAAAAGUUGCCGUUCAACGCUGCAGACGCGUCUAGCGACAGCGAUAAGGACGAAACACAGGAACGAAUCAUGCAACACAGGAGAAGAGUGAAGAGUGGAGUACGCAGGAAGAGGAAAGCGAUAUCAGACGCCACGAAGAACGCCACGAUGGAGAACGAUGGAUCGAAUGACUCUAUAGGGUCUGUAGGUGACUCGAGAACUAACAACGACGAAUGUAACGAUAGUAGCAACGUUCACGCGAACGAAAAAAGUUCGCUCUAUGCCAACCAAAAGCAACAAGACGAGGACGAGGAGGACGAAUGUACCGACGACGAGGACGAGUACGUAGACCAAGAUACCUUCCACGAGAAUUGCUCUAGAAUGAACGAAAGUGCCCUAGACGACGAGGACGACUACAGAAGAUCCAAGAGGCACUAUCGACCUCGACAAUUAUCGUCCCGCAUCGAUGUGGACCCUGUCGUUGGACACGAGUACGGAGAGAAGCCUUUGCUAUUGGACGACGAACUGGAUCCUGAAACGAGACCUAACGAGUCUUAUGGUGAUCCAUUCGUGGGCCAGUAUGGUCCAAAACUUGUGCGCAUGGAGGAUGCUGGCAGCUCCGAGUCGUCAGCCGAAGCCAAGAACAUCGAUCCUUCUAAUAGUCGACCGAAGAGAAACGAGAAAGAUGUGUUCGCAUUGGCCCCGUUCUCAAAAUCUGGCAGCUCCAGAGGAAGCAGCAAAGGUUCAAAGAGCGCGUCAAAGGACGUUGGACAAGACUCGAACAACUCUCCCUCGCAAAUGGCUAUGCCUAUUUUUGGUUCUACGCCCGAUCCAGAUGCGGAGGCCAAGCCUCUGACAAAGUACGACUUGCCACGACUACCUAGCAAAGAUAGUUACGAAGACGCGAGCUUUCCAUCAGGGGAAACGCAGCGAUCGCCACCGUUUCGAGGAAUGUCGAACGUUGAACUAAUGUCUGGUAAGACGAUGAAUGAAACAGAGGAAUCGAAAGGUGAAAAGGAACGAAAGCUCGACGAGGAGAAGAACGAAAAAGACCUCUUCGGCUCGUCUCCCUUCAGUCCCAGUGGAUUCGCGAAUCCCUUCGCCAAUCGCAUCGUGUCCAAGUACGCCACAGAGGACGAAAACAGACCUGUAGCCGCGUUCGCGAAUCGUGUACCUCUGUAUGCCAACUGCGAGGAUGUUUCCAUCCGUCCAACGCAGUCUAGACCAUCCUCCAACUUUCGUCAUCUCGGCCAGCCUGUCCCUGCUGUUAAUUCAAAUUUUAGUGGAGUAGAGGAAGACGUAGGAAAGACCUCCAAGGACCUGUUCGGGUCCAUACCUUUCGACGAGUUUGCCCAUCUGCGGCCAAACGACCAACAGAGACCCAGUUCGGUGCAGAGACCGUAUUCCCAGCCGCCGUUACCCAUCGCCAGCUUCAUCGACGACACCCUGAACGCUAUACUCGCGGACAAGUCGCCUACCACCGCUCGAUCGACGUCCAUUCCUCAAGACACGACCUACUCGAUCCAAACUAUGCAACACACGGCUCGUAUCACCGUACAGACGGUCAACAGCGUCUCCAAACCAGACAUCACACCCGACAUAGUCUCGCCAAUGUCCCCAGAACCACUCGUUGCCGGAGACGACGCGCCCAGGCACAAGAAGGAUAAAUUUAAAGAGAAGUCCAAGUACCAUCUGAUCGACGAGAACCACGGGGAUGUCGUUAACGUUUUACCCUCGAGUCUGUUGGCCCACAAGGUGAAGUCUACUUGCCACAAGAAAUCACCAAAGACGAAAAAGUGCCCCGUCGUCGCCGCAGCGGGUUUCAGCAACAUGAGCUUCGAGGAUUUCCCCAGCGACGAGAACGAGGAGAAGCAGAUCAGAACCCCGCAGAGCAUCGCACGCUUCGAAGUGGUCAGGGAACCCGAGAAACGAUUCGGUUCCUUGAAAAGGAGAAGUAAUCCGUUCAUUUGAGAAGAGGAACACGCGAUAAAAGGCUUUACUAAAAAUAUCUAUACGGGUAUGAAGAAACUGGCAUAAUCUAACGCUCUCCAACGAACCGAAACUGAUUCCUCGACAGGUUCCAAGCGAGUUCUCGUGUUUCUUGAACGUCUUAGUGUGUAGGUCGUCGCCAAUGUUUCAAAUAACAUUGACUGUAUUGUAAUGUAACAUUGACGCGAUACCACCUCGCUAACUAAUCUUACGAGUCUCAAAUUUGUAGGGACAAGAUAGCUAAGACAUAGUGUGAAUAGAAUAGUCAAUGGGUAUACGAGCUGGAAGAGUUAACAUUAAUAGCAAAGAGAGUAUUCGAUCAGUUAUCGGGGUGGUACCGUGAACUCACUAUUAAGACCUAAUCAACGGCAUCGAUGUAGACUGGAAACGACGAUAACGUGCGCGGAUGGUUGGAACGCGAAUCGAUAACAAUUUGCGUGCGAAACUGUUCGCUUGAAGAAAUGAUUGGUACUAAUUAAGCCUAAGAUACUAUGAUGUUUAAUAGCAUUCCAGUUUCUUCAGAAGUCAAAUAACGCGAUAGCGUUGAUAUUGAAAUUGAUAUUUAUCUGGAUAUUGGAGGGAUUCAUCAUCCCUGAAGAAAGUGCUCUUGCACUUGAAAGCCUCGAUUCGGUUCUUCAAAGUCCUGCGACCGCUGCCGCUCCUCGUAUCGUUUCCUUUCCUAAAUGAUAAGUAUAGCGAUCGCGUGUGGCCGCGCGUACGUUUAUACAGAACAAAAAGUAUUAGUACCAGAAACUGCCAGAGAACCUGUCUGGUUGGAAGCAAUCAAAAAUCAAACGUGUAAAAUGUGAUUUGCGUCGCUCAGGAAGUACCCAAGGAUCCUUUUUUUUCGCUGAACGAAUUAAGGUUGUAGAGAGGGUAGGGGGGAGUAACAAACGAGACAGCGUAGGCAAAGAAAAAAGAGCUCGUCCAUCUAUUUUUCCAACCAGGAGUUUUUUCGCUACGUUUGUACUUUGAAAUUUGUAGAUUUCUACUACUACGAUUUAGCGGUUCUUACAAGUGAAACAGUUUUUGUGAAAAUGGGAAACUAAAAGUUCCAGCAAACUGUACACGAUCGAACUUUUCACGUCGUGUAGCGCACCAAUAGUGCACCGUGCGUGUCCAAGUCUUUUCUGAGGAAACAAAGAUACAUAUUGCGCGGCUAUAGACAUACCUAUACGGUCACAAAGUAAAGUAAGUUGCAGAAUUAUUGGCUCGACUUUUUUUUUUUUUUUUUUUUUCCCAACUUAUUUAACAAUCGUAUCCGUCACACGAGUAUUACGAAAAUAUGUACGCGUAAUUUGUAUUUAAAAGGUAGCUUUACUACUACACACGCGUGACCAUUUCAAAUUUGUAGAUGUACGCGCAACUGAAUUGCAAAUUUUCUUUCUUUCAUGAUCGUACAUCGUACAUAGAGAUAUUAUAGAUAAAGCAGAGAUGGUCUGCCUGUAAGUGGAAGUGAAACUCACGGUACCCCGUCGUCUAUCUUUGUGCUUUUAUUAACGCGAAUGUAAAAUACAUAUGUAAUUAUUAAAAGUAUAACCAUUUAUCGUUGACAUGAAAAUGAUGUAAGAAUAGGCCAAUAGACAGAGACAGGUAGGGUAUCGCGGUUUUCUUUCUAUUCUGAACUUUUAACUACUCUGUCUAUGAUAUCCCUGUGCUUUCGUACCGUUAAUAUCGAAAGAUGCAUCGAGUGCACAAGUACACGACACACGUGUAUGUACAUGCAAGCCGAUUCUAGAUACCAAGCUAAUUCUAUAAACAGAGAGAUUAAAACACAGAAAACUGUGGAACAUUGAUAAAUUUCGGUAAGAAAAGGAAUACUUCUAAUAUUUAACACGUCCCAGUUUCUAGAAUCACCUUAUGUAGUUCAACUACAAUGAAACGGAGAGAAUUGUCGACAAUACGAUGAAAGUAUUCGUAUAAAAUAAUCGGUAUCCCAUGUAUUCGCGUACAAAUUCCACACAUUGUAUGUUCACGAAUGCGUGUGCACCGAUAACCGCGUAUUUAUCUAACGAAGAUGUAGAUAUUAGGUAUAAUACAUAAUUAGGUGCCUUUCUUUGUUAAGUAGCGUUUGCAGCUUGUACUCUCUACUAUUGUGCAGUAUAUACAUAUACAAUGUAGGGAUGUUAGAAUUUAAACGGAGUCAAUUGUAUUAAGAGUAAGAGUUACUAAUGUAACGAUUCUGUUGGAAUUUCAGUUCCUAUAUGUAGCUAUGGAAGUUGACGGCACGAAAACAAAGAGGAAACAACGUAUUUCGUAGAUUCGCUGAGAAAAGAAUGUUCGUGCAGUAUCGAUAAGGUAAAAGAUUGGUGCUUCGAAAGGGUGUUAUUUGUACAAAGUACUGCAAGCAGCUAUAAAGAAUGUCCUCUGCGUGAUGUCCACGAUACGAGAGAAAUCCGUUUUUCUUUUUCUCCCACAAGUUGCUUUAUUACGAUAGCACGCUAUUAAUAAUGCUAUCGUUGGUUCGCAUCAUACGAAAGCCCGACCAAUAACGAAGUAACCCUUUCUAAAAGAUUCUCAUCACUAAAGUCUGAAUUCCAUCCAGAGGCAUUCUCUUCGACUCUCCGGUAUGUAAAUGAUACGUUAUACCGUUUCAGGAAGAACAUCGUUUAUUGAUAAGUAUUGCUGAUACUAUAAUAACAUUACACAUUCCGCAUUGCUUGCUCGUUGUUAUAUAUAUUAUAUGUUAACUUUGCUAUGGGGAAAUGUUAAAAACGAAAGAAAAAAAAAGAAGCGCAUUUCGAGUUUUACUUAAAUUUUGUCACUGCCCUUGAUACCAGACCAAUCGCAGUAUUUAUUUGAUGGCGUUUGAUGAAACGGUAUUCUCUCGUUAUUCGUAAAAGUGUAAGAGGCUCGGGAGAAUUCUUAUCCUCUUCAAAAGUUGACGCAGAGAAGCAAAAUUGCUGUACAAUUAAUCCAAGUAAACGAAUUCUCAUUGAGGCAUUUAAUGAACUUUUGCUACACAUCGAAUUUCUCUGCGUUGGCUGUUGAACAUUUCCAGUAACGUGUUUGCAAUAAUUGCGUAUCUAUGUAUGUUUGUAUGUAUGUAUGCAUGUUCGUAUGGGUGUGUGUAUGAAACGCAUUCUUCGUAUUUGUUUCUUUUCCUCGACCGAUGAAGAAAAGGAGAUGUCUUACGCGUAUGUAAAACAAAAAGGAAAAAAAACAGAGAGACGGAUAAAAGGUUGUCAAAAUGUGAUGCUUUUUGUGAUGAUGUUUGAAUUAUAUGUAUAUGUAGAAUGCGCGUGGUAUACAAAGUCGGUGGUACGAAAAUGAGCGAGAUAAAAAAAAAGACAACCGCAUUAGUGUACAAAAAAAAGGGAUAUGGACGAGUGAUUUUAUCUGUGUAUAAAGCGUGUGGAGCACUGAAGCUAAUUGUAUCGUUAUACGAUAAUUGUAUGACCAUUAUGCAUUUAGUUUAAGUAAAUAAGAAGAAUAUAUGCGCGUAAGAGCGCUCAUGAGAGUAA